AUGGAAACGCCAACCGUGCCGAUCAACUUUGUCCCCGCAAAGGCCGGCGAGACGUUCAAGCUGGGCACCAUCACCAUCCGGAUCAUGGAGGACGGGUCAAGGACAGGUGCUGCCGAGUUCACCGUCCCGCCUCAUACUUCAGGACCCCCACCGCAUUGGCACGAGAUGCACGACGAAACCUUCCUCGUAACCCAAGGCACGCUCCGAUUCCACGCCUUGAACGGCACGACCGUCGACGCCCAGCAGGGCGACUACGUGACGGUGCCGCCGAGGGCGCCGCACACUUUCAGCAACCCCUACGACGCCGAGGCCAAGUUCUUCAACACGUACACGCCAGCGUUUUACAUUGAUUAUUUCCGCCUGCUGGCCAAGAUGAGUGAGGCCGGCCAGCCCAUGAAUCCCGAGGCGAAUAGGAAGGCCAUGGCGCCUCAGCCUAUUGCCCCCUAUAUGGCUCAGUAUUAUAAGCCCCGGCCUAUAGCCGCUAUAUGGCUCAGUGUUGGUGUCGGUGUCGUGUCUACCUACCUACCUACGCAGCCGGCGGGCCGGUUUGGGUUCUCCGUACAGUAA